CCGCCCGGUUGCCGUGGGAACCGCCGAGCGCGGCUGCGCCCGCGAACCUGCCACUGUGUGUAGGGAGACUGAGGCCCUAGGAUGGAGCUGCCGGAUCCUGUACGCCAGCGGCUGGGGCACUUCAGCCGGACGGUGUUCCGCGACUCCAGCCGGACCGGGCCGGAAUACAAUGAGGGUUCGGAUAAUGAAAUGAGCUCCAGUUUGGUCCUGCAGAUGUCACUUUAUUUUAACACUUACUUUUUCCCACUUUGGUGGGUGGGCUCCAUUAUGAUGCUUCAUAUGAAGUAUUCAUUCUUGCCUGAUUACUACAAAUUCAUUGUGAUCACUAUUAUCGUCCUCGUAACCCUAAUUGAAGCUAUCCGGUUGUACCUGGGCUACAUGGGUAACCUGCAGGAGAAGGUUCCUGAGCUGGCAGGCUUCUGGCUUUUGAGCCUUCUACUGCAGUUGCCUUUAGUUCUUUUCUUGCUGUUGAAUGAAGGCCUAACGAAUCUGCCCUUGGAAAAAGCAAUGCAUAUCAUCUUCACUCUCUUCCUUACUUUCCAAGUUAUUUCAGCAUUUUAUACCUUGAAGAAAAUGGUCAAUCAGUUGGCAGCUCGUUUCCACCUCCAAGACUUUGACCGGCUCUCUGCAAACAGAGGAGACAUGAGAAGAAUGAGGUCAUGUAUAGAAGAGAUUUAAUCCAGCAUUGUUGAGGGGAAAUCUCAAAGAUUUUAGAAGACUGUAAAAGUUAGGAAACGUCAGAGAUCUAGCAUGAGAAAAAGCACAAAGCAAGUGUUUUGAACUGUAUACUCUAUAACUUGAAAUUUCCCAGGUUGAGGGCAAUGAUAAAGCUUCAUACACUACAUGAAAGCAGUAUAUUAACCCUAAAACCUACAUGCUGUCACCUAAAGCUAAUUUUUUUUUUAUGUAGAGUUUUUCAGGUAUGUAGACAUCUGUUAGUGGUUGUGUUUUACCAGUUUUAUUGUGAUAUUUCUAGUUAUAACCUGUAACUAGAAAUGUAUGUCUUUUUAAAUUUGUUAUUAUCUUGGCUGUAUAUCUGACCAUGCUUCUUCAAGUACAUAGAAAUGCUAGUUGAGGGGAUUUUAGGUCAGUCAUAGAAUAGUUGCCUAGCAUGCACAAGGCCCUGAAUUCAAUCCCCAGUCCUGCUAAAAUCAAAAACAGAAAUGCUAGUCAACAUUUUUGUGUAUUUAGACUAUAACCAAAAAAUCAAAUUUUCAUGUCUGUUAGGGUUAAGUUCUAAUCCUAAUAUUUGUUAGCUAUUAUACUGAAGUAAAGAAAACAGGUGGGUUUUUUGUUGUUUUUUGGGAGGGGUGGUUUUUUUUUGAGACGGGAUCUCACAG